AUGGUCUGUGAAAGCCCCGACGCCGAUAUAGAAGAGAAGCGCAACGACCAGGAAGGCGUCGAAGAGGAGAGCGAGGGAGGUCCCAUGCGCGACGAAAACCCGCCCGGAGGGAUGUGCGAAGAUGCAAUGCGCGCUGAGAACGAUGUCUUCCUCGACAAGGACAAGCUGGCCAGAGAACAGUGGGACUUCACAGUGUCUCAUCUUGGUAGUAAGAAGACACGCCACGUUUCUUGA